AGGCAAAAACACACAUACACGUACAUAUGUCUAUUGGAAAAGGAAAAGCCGCUUCAAUGUUGGGGAGCAACAGCGCGCUCAUAAGCGGCAGCCCCAAUAUUUUUUCUUACAUUCAACAAACCUUACAUUCCCCAAUGCACUACACUUACCACGAAAGUUAAAGUUAAUUUUUCAACAAUAUUUGGAUAUAUAUUUUUGCCACACGCGUGUUUACAAACAAAAUUCUAAACCGAAAUCGAAAAUGAAGAACUGAAAAUUCUGCACAAAACACGUUUCUUCUUACCAACGAGAAGACAGGCAACACAGGGUGUGUUGUGUAUCUGGUGGUUGGCAGCACUGUGCUGAAUACACACGCAAAUGACAUCUGCAGAAUAGGGCACUUGUAUGGAGUGCAAGGGAGUUGUUUCACUACCGAGGGAAGGGUGGAAGAAAAAUAAAUACAAAUACCAGUGCACGCAACAAAACGAGCGCGAUUUAGUAAACAUAUGCGCAAAGUGUCAUGCGCGGCAAGGUGGUGGAGACGAACAAACUGCACUACCAAUUUAAUAUUUAUCUUUCAAUUUUGGUUAAAUAAAAACACUUAACAUUUUUGUGUUUAACUACGAAGAACAGUUACUUUCAACUUGUAUUCUACUAAAUGUUUUGAAAAUACUUCCUAAACGCURCAAUAUGUUAUCACCUUCACUUUUAAUUGUUCACUGGGUUAUUUUUACAGCAUUGCCAAUAUAGUUUACUUUCUUCAAUUGUCAGACACCUAGAAAAGUGGAAUAGUACUUACAGCAGUGUAAAGGGCACACUAUGACCGAGUUACCGGAAAAUUUGCAAAUUGUUAAGACAGAAGGACCACAUAUACCGGAAACGGAUGCACAGCCGCGUCGUUUUAUUAAGGAGCGUCUAAAUUUGCACGUGAAACGACGUCUCCAACAAGAACAGGAACCCCAAACACAACUGCAACAGACACAAAUAAUUACUCACCCUUCUGGGAAUCAAACACGAGAAAUAGUGACAGCUGCAACACCAGCACCAGCAGCACAACAAUCUCCACAAUCAGCAAACGUGAACGUGAAUUCGACAGUAAACGACGUCACUGCGCCGACAUCAACAUCGAAAAGAAAAGAGAAACAACAACAGAAAGAACCAGCCAAAACACGGAGACCCUAUCAAAAGCGAACGGACAAAAACACCACCAAAAUACAAACACAAUCGCUGACACAAAUGCAAAUAAGCGCUGAACAUGGCGGAAGAACUCGUAAAAACAAACGUCACAAAGCACAGGGAACAUURGUAGGUAACGCAGUGCCACCGUCGGCUGGAAAUGUUGUGMAUAGUGGAAGCGCCGGUGUUUUAUGUUUAUCGCCCGGCGUUGAGGAAGGUAGUGGCGGCGGUGGUGACGAAAUGGACGGUCGAGAUAUAUACUCCCGUGAUAAAGAGAAAUGCCCAGAUAUCUUAGGUAUGGUUUUAAGUGGUAAAAAACGCGCUUUAUUGCAGAAUUCGGAAGUGAAGGAAUUUUUAGCUAAUAUUAUGUCCGCUUUUAAAAAUUAAUACGUUAUUUACGCUUUAAAUAGUGUUGUUAUAAAAUAAAUAUAUAUAAUAUUUGGAAUGGAAAUUCUUAACAAUGUUUUUGAUUUGUAUAUCAU